UGUCCCACCGCUCCGGGGAGGCGGGCCGAGGGUCGCGGCUCGGAGCCGGGGGGGAGGCGAUGGCGGCGGAGGCCGCCGACCCGCGGAGAGCCGGAGAGCUGCCGCAGCUGGCGGAAAAUCUGCUGUGUCGGCUGCAGGAGAAUUUUCAGGCUCUGACGGAAAAGUUAACGCUGAGAAUGGAAGAAAUGGGUGAGCGCAUCAAUGACCUCGAGAAGCGUGUUGCUGACCUGAUGACAGAGGCUGGGAUAGAAGAGAACACUGAUGAAGACUUGAGAUCCAGCUGAGAAGGGGAGCGAUAGAGUGGGCACCUGGCAUCCAGCCAAGGGCAACCCACCACAACUGUAAACCAGAUUAACUCCAGUAGGAAUUGGGACCCUUGUGUUUUACUUCUGUGACUCAGUCUAAAUCCUGUAAAAUACGCUUGACGGUAAAAAAGCAUAUUCUGCUUUGUCUUGUGACAAACUGGACCAAAAAGUACAGGUAUCUCAUUUCUGCGUAGGCUGGUUUGUUUUUUAAUUAAUCCUGUAAAUAUGCAUGUAUCAUGUUAAAAAACAACCUCCCACAGAACGUCAACUCCAGAUGUUGGCAGAAAUACAGAUAGAAAUUUCAAGAGUCAUGCCACAGUGGAAUCCAGUCCAAGUCUCCCGAGUAUGUAUGCAUUUUAGUAUACCAUUAGACAAACUGGAGAUCAAGUGACAGAAAGCAUGGCUCGUGGUUUCUUCAACUGGUGGCUGCGCAGCCAGCUCCAGAACAGCAAUUAUGCUUUGGCUCUGUAGAAUCUACUGAGUACUUUAAACUGCCUCCUGUGUGCACAACCACCAUGGAAAAGGAGUCCGUCACCACAAGUCAAUUAAGCUGAUGGGGAGAGGGUUGUGUGCAAAGUCAUGGAAGAUGUUUUCUCUGAGUUUUGUCAAAUAUUAAUUAUCUGAUCUUUGCUAAAUAUUAAUUAACGCACCUUAGAGUUUUAUUCCCAUUUUUAGUGGAAACAUAUUCU